AUGUUCCAUUUCAAUCUCGUCGCCUUCCUUUGGAUCUAUACUCUAGUGCCGGUUGAGUCCAGUCAGUUCGACGUCAUCGUGAUACCGCUACCGAAGGUGAACGGAAAGCUGACGAAGGUGAUCCACGAUGCCAACUCGCAUCCGAGGGUUGUCAACCGCAAGGAGCUGUACAGGGGGCGCGAUGACAUCUUUAAACUGGACUUGGAGAACUACGACGAGCCGACGGUUAUGCCCGACAUCGACAGCUUCGAUUACAACAACGCUGACAGGAAUGUCAACUUGAAGCGCGGCUUCGACUACGACGCCGGGAUGAGUUACGGGGACGACAAGAUCGUUGGCGGCGAGGAGGUCGAUCUAGACCAGUACCCGUAUCACGUGGCGUAUGGUACCAACUGCGGCGGUGCGAUUAUCGAUAAAAACUGGGUCAUCACGGCAGCACAUUGCGGGGAGAAGCCGUACAUCAGGGUUGGGUCGAAGUACUUGAACCAGGGGAAGAGGGUUGGCGUGAAGAGAUCAUACAUCCACCCGCAGUGGCCCGCAAAGGACAAGGAGCACCCGUUCGACUUCGACUUCCAGCUGCUGAGGCUGAACGAGCCCCUGAAAUUCGACGAGCACGUGCAGCCGGUGAAGCUGGCGCGCAUCGAAGACAUGGUCAUAGGGAAGGUCAUCUCGGUGACGGGAUGGGGCAACACAGAGGAGAAUGGACCAUAUUCGCCAGUGUUACGGGCUGUAAGAGUACCAAUAAUCUCCAAGGAAACAUGCCAGAAUGUGCCGUUCCCUUACUUCAGGGGCAGUUUGACGCCUAGAAUGUUCUGCGCUGGGUACUCUGAGGGACAAAAGGACGCUUGUCAGGGUGAUUCUGGGGGACCAGCGGUUGCAAACGAGCGCCUGCUUGGUAUGGUGUCCUUUGGCUACGGUUGCGCGACCCCUGGCUCCUACGGGGUGUACAGCAAGGUCGCGAAGGUCAGGCCCUGGAUUGAGAACAUCACCGGCCUAAGGCUCAAC